AUAAUAAUGUAUAUAUCUGUUCUAGCAAUCCUUGGAUGUCAAAGUGAUGGCGACACAAAUUUAUAUAGAAAAGGAGAAUGAUGAAAUUGGCAUGGUUGCUUCUUCUAAGGGUCGGAUGCAAUUGGUAUCUGCACCAUCAAAGAGUUUUGCUGAAAGGUCUUGCCCCAAGACUCCACUUGUUGGAAGGACAGCUAACGUAAAUCCAGCAGCAUCCCAGUCUGUCAGGAAGGUUCUAGGAAAUUUGAAUAGGCCUUUAACAACAACAAAGAGUAACUUCCCAAAAGGAAAAAAGUCUUCUACGAAAAAGGCUACUGAAACUGCAAACAGAGUUGAAAGCAGCAGCAUGGUUACUGAAGACUAUCCAGAAAAGGAGAACCUGUUUUCCUAUGAUCCUUUAGACUUUGAGAGUUUUGAAGUUCCCGAGGAGCACAGGCUGAGCCACAUGCCCCUGACUGGAGUUCCUCUGAUGGUAUUUGAAAAUGCCUCUGACAGAUUUGCAAGCACAAUCUCUCUACCUGCAAAAGAGCCUUCCAUUUCAUGGGGCUAUGAUACCCUGCAGUCCACUCAAGACUUCCUGGCUACUUUGGAUGAAAUAAUAGUUGAUCUUCCCCCUCCCUUAUAAUAUGUAAACAGGCUUAUCUCUUUUUAAGCUGAAUUUUGAGCAAGCUGUAUUAAUUUUCUUAAUAAAGGACUUGGAUUAAAAUUGCAA